GGCACAUAUUGGUAGCAAUGUGAAACAGCUGAAAAUUUAAGCGCAGGGUGUGACGUUCGUGACUCUUGCGCGCAACCGUUUUGAAUUAAACGUUUGCUGCAGUUCUGUUUAGUGUACGGUGUUAAUUCUUGGACUUGAGCACUUGUGUGGGAUUGUUUCUGGCUCCGUGUUCGGCUACGAAGAAGUUACGUUACUUUCUUCAACUAUGAAAUCUAUGAAAUGCCAGACUCCUUAUCGGAAGGCGCCAAAACCAAGAGUUGCUUCAAAGGAUGGGAAAGAUAGUGUGAAAGUGUUCUGCAGAGUAAAACCUCUCAUGAACGACAAUGAGACAGCAUGUUUAAGAGUUCUGUCACCAACAACUGUGCAGAUGAUUUCUCCUGAAGUUUUAAAUAACAGAGGCUGCAUGUACAAGGAAAUUCAGUUUACUUUCAAUGAGGUGUUUUGUGACCGAGACUCUCAAAAGAAGGUUUUUGACAGUGUUGCAUUACCUCUGGUUGAAAAUUUGGUUCAAGGAAAGAAUAGUUUGCUUUUUACAUAUGGAGUUACUGGAAGUGGCAAAACAUACACUAUGACGGGUGAGCCAGAAGAUGGAGGAAUUAUGCCCAGGUGCAUAGACGUUAUUUUCAAUUCUAUUGUUGGAUUUCAAUCUAAGAAAUAUGUGUUUAAGCCUGAUAAAAUGAAUGGCUUUGAUGUACAAAGUGAACCUGAAGCCAAGCUAGAACGAGCCAAUUCUUUGAAGUCCCUCAACACUCCCAAAACACCGUUCAAGACGCAAAAAAAGAGAGAUGCCAGUGCAGAGAUAAAGAGAGUUGUAGACUCUGCAAAAGUUUCAGGAGUUGAUGAUGACACCACUUACGCAGUGUUUGUAACUUACAUUGAAAUCUACAAUAAUUGUGUUUAUGAUUUGCUUGAAAACAUACCUGAUGAGAGAGUGGGCAAAGGUUUGCAAAACAGACUAAUUCGCUCGGAUUCAAAAAGCAACAUGUAUGUCCAUGCAGUCACUGAAUUGGAAGUGACUUCUCCACAAGAAGCUUUUGAGGCCUUCUACAAAGGGCAGAAAAGGAAAAAAAUGGCUCAUACGAAUUUGAAUUCGGAAUCGAGUCGCAGCCACAUGGUAUUCACCAUUCGUUUAGUGCAGGCUCCCUUGGAUUCUACUGGAGAAUCAGCGCUGUGUGAUAAAAAAGCUGUGACUGUUAGCCAACUCUCACUUGUUGACCUGGCUGGCAGUGAAAGAACGAAUCGAACACAGAACACUGGACAGCGCCUUAGGGAAGCCGGAAACAUCAACAAUUCUUUAAUGACAUUGAGGACUUGCCUUGAGAUACUUCGAGAAAAUCAGUUGUAUGGUUCAAACAAAAUGGUUCCAUAUCGUGAUUCAAGAAUUACACACCUCUUCAAGAAUUUUUUUGAAGGAGAAGGACAAGUCCGAGUUAUUGUUUGUGUAAACCCACGAUCAGAUGAUUAUGAUGAAACAAUUCAUGUGAUGAAAUUUGCUGAGAUGACUCAGGAAGUUACUACAACAAAACCACCCCUCAUGGAGAAGCCUGUCUUCGAUCUUCUGCCUGGCAGAAGAAAAGCUAAUCAGAUCCUGAAAGAAGCAAACCAAAGGCUGGCUGCGAAGGGAAUGGGGGAUGGAUCCCGUGAAAAUGACAUUGGUCUUGUGUACAGUUUAGGACCCCCAUUCCCAACAUUGGAGAUGUCUCCAGAAGACUGUGAGAAGUUGGUGCGUGAUCUUCUGUCCUGUUUGGAAAUGAGGAUGCAACGCCGAGUAGAACUUACUCAACAGCUUCACAAGAAACAAGAGCAUUUUCGGGCUAGGUUAGUUGAAAUUCAAAAUGAACAGAUCCUGUCAAGAGUGGAAAAUUCUUCUCUGAAAGCUGCUUUGGAAAAUGAAAAGAAGAGAUCUGCUGUGCUUGAGAAUAAGGUGAUUGAACUACAAAAUUUUAUUAGCGAACUGCAGAGAGAUGUUGGUGAUCGCGAAAACAACAUCAAAACAUUGUCUCAAGAGGUGAGACAAUUGCGGUUGGAACUGAAUCAAAAUAAAUAUGAUAAACAAAAAUUGAAACUGAAAUGUUCAAACACUAUAGCAGAGGAGAAAGAGAAGUUAACCAGGGAGUGCCACGUAAAGUUAAAAGAGAAGGAAGAACAACUCAAGUCUGAAAUGUACAUCAGAGAUGAAAAGUUGCGAAAGAUGCAAGAGGUGCUGAAUGAGCGCUAUCCCUCUGGAACUGUUCCUAGUUCCAUUGCAGUUCUGUCUCCUAUUCAGCCAUCUGUCAACAGCGUUUGCCCUCCUGCAUCAAACAGUGCUGGGGAAUUGCAUUUGCCUUCAGUUGGUGUUCUGAAUAGUGCUGGAAAGUACUCUGUGACUCCCAGAAGUCGUCCUGGGAGCACUGCUACCACUCCUCACCGUUGUCGUCGAUCGUCUUGCAGCGAUAUGUGGUUGGACCACCGUUCUGCCAUGCCCACUCAGCUGAACACAGUUCUGCAGCCGAAAAUGAAGAAGCGCAAGUCGGUUACAAAGCUUACUGACGUUACAGACAUUGCCGAUCCUAAAGUGUCCAAAUACUGUCUCAUGACGCAAGAGCAAGACACAGAUGGAGAGUUGGAGACCCGCCUUUACAAGGCUGAUGUAUUUCCUACAACAUCAGGAGGUGCUCAAAUAGUUUUUAAUGACAUGGAAACACUGAAGCAGAGAUCUCCGUUGUCACCAAUGAGGAAACGGAAUGCUGUUAGUGAUGCAAUGGAUACUCCAGUGUUAUGUUCCAUUUCCAUUGAAGGGCAUGGAAAAAAGCCUCGCUUGUAAUAUUUAAUGGAGAAUUGAAUGAACAUUUUUAACCAACAGUGUUAACUAACCUCUUAAUUUGCUUUCAACUUUGCUAUAAAUUAAUUCAGACUUUUUAGUAUUUAUUAACAUGAUUUAAAUAAGUUAAAUUAGUAUUCUUAGGUAUAUUUAAAUAGAAAUUUAUUAGAUGGAAAUAAAAUAUUUAAUUUGUAUCGUU